AUGACCACCUACCAGGUGACAGACAUGGGUGAUCUAGGUGGCACAGUGCCUCCCAUAAAAGGUGGCACAGUGCCUCCCAUAAAAGGUGACACAGUGCCUCCCAUAAAAGGUGGCACAGUGCCUCCCAUAAAAGGUGGCACAGUGCCUCCCAUAAAAGCUCCUGCCUCGCCCCUGGCAGCUCCUGCCUCGCCCCUGGCAGCUCCUGCCUCGCCCCUGGCAGCUCCUGCCUCGCCCCUGGCAGCUCCUGCCUCGCCCCUGGCAGCUCCUGCCUCGCCCCUGGCAGCUCCUGCCUCGCCCCUGGCAGCUCCUGCCUCGCCCCUGGCAGCUCCUGCCUCGCCCCUGGCAGCUCCUGCCUCGCCCCUGGCAGCUCCUGCCUCGCCCCUGGCAGCUCCUGCUUCGCCCCUGGCAGCUCCUGCCUCGCCCCUGGCAGCUCCUGCUUCGCCCCUGGCAGCUCCUGCCUCGCCCCUGGCAGCUCCUGCCUCGCCCCUGGCAGCUCCUGCUUCGCCCCUGGCAGCUCCUGCCUCGCCCCUGGCAGCUCCUGCUUCGCCCCUGGCAGCUCACAUCAGCCCUCGUCAGCUUCGAACUUAUCGAGUCCAUAUAGAAGUAGAAGUGGAAGUCUACUUUUUUCACACCUUAGAAGUAGACCCUCUCAAGGCAAUCUACCGAACAGAAACUUGCCAGAUGAAAAAAAAAGAGAAAAGCAUGUAG